AUGUCGGCCAAAAUACCAAGAAAUUUCAGACUCCUGGAGGAGCUGGAGAAGGGCGAGAAAGGAUUGGGUGCAGAGGCGUGCUCUUAUGGUCUUGCGGAUGGAGAGGACAUGAUGAUGAGCAACUGGAAUGGCACUAUCCUCGGCCCGCCUCACGUUCGUCCCUUCUUGCACCUAUUCUCUGACUCCCAAACUGACUCAAUACCCCCGGCUCAGAGCGUGCACGAGAACCGGAUAUACAGUGUCAACAUCCACUGCGGACCUGACUACCCUGACCACCCUCCGACCAUCCAAUUUGUUUCUCGCGUCAAUCUGCCCUGCGUCGAUCCUCAGAGUGGCAAGGUCGAUCCCGCAAAACUUCCCUGCCUCGCUCAAUGGAAGCGCGACUACAACAUGGAAAUUGUCCUGAUUGAGCUCCGACGGUACAUGGCCAUGGGCAACAACAAGAAACUGCCGCAGCCUCCGGAAGGCUCGAACUUUUGA